GUCUGUGGAUUUAUUUUUCUAAUUCAUGGGUACUAACUUUAAGUUAUUCUGUUCUUCACAAUAAUAGUUAAAAUUAGAUUAAUUCGGCAAACUUAUUAAUUAAGGUAAAUUUUGAAAUGUAGUGCCUUAUUCAAAAUCAGUAGUUUAUGGUGUUUGGUGGUGUUUGUUGUAUCGCAUCGUGAAGAUGAUCUCAUUGACGCGCUGACAUUAGUUGCGUUCUUUUCGGCGAGAGAUCCUGAUCGUUUUAUUGUUAUUGACCAAGUCCAAUGACCUUGUAUCACUAAAUAAAUUAAUACAAAUUAUAUUAAGAUGAAGAAACAGUUCUAUAGAGUUAAGCAACUGGCAGACCAAACCUUUUCAAGGUCUGGUAAGGAAGAGGCAUUGACUGAUGAGUUACAAACAGCUGAUACAAAAGUAGAGCACCUUCGGAAUGCGUUGCAGCUUAUUAGCAAGAGACUCGCGACUGCAGCAGGAAACACACAGGGUCAAGAUCCCGCUGCAAGGGAAAAAAGGCUCAAGAAACUGCCGGAAUAUCUUUUAGGAUUGUCAAUGUGUGAGGCGAGUAACUAUGAUGAUGAUGACAGCAUUUUGAAGUACAUUCUAUACGAGUGUGGGAAAACUGAAAAGUUUCUUGCAAAUGAAAUAGCUGAGCAUGAGCUUAAAGUUGAGCAACUGGUGUGUGCUCCACUCACAGCCAUCAGCGAUCAGGAUGUGCCGGCCAUAAUGAAAGCUAAAAAACAACUGAGUAGGCUGAUAAGUGAGAAAGAAUCAGCGGCGAGCAGAUACAAUCACCUCGAGAAACAGAAAGAAGAAAAUCCGACCAAAUUAAACGCCGCUAAAGAGGAAUUGGAAGAAGCUGGUAACAAAGUUGAGGCGGCGCGUGACUUACUGGCAGCGGAUAUGUUCGCUCUGGUCGCUAAGGAGGCAUUACUAGCACAUACGUUACUGCAAUAUGUAAAGUUACAGAGAGCGUACCACGAAUCAGCGCUGCACUCGUUAGCGGAUACAGUGCCAGAGCUAGAGAGAUUUAUAAAUGACAGUUCAGUGAAGCCGGUUUUCGGAUAUCCGUUGGAAGAACAUCUCCGUGUCACUGGACGUACUAUAGCGUAUCCUAUGGAGGUGUGCGUGUGUGCCUUACACGAACUGGCGCUGAACGAGGAGGGCCUCUUCAGGAUAGCCGGCGGUACAUCAAAGGUUAGAAGAAUGAAGCUGUCAUUGGAUGCUGGCCUCUUCAAUGUUCCUCUGAAAAGCGACUAUAGAGAUAUGCACGUUGUCGCCUCAGUACUGAAGUCAUACCUCAGAGAACUGCCCGAACCGUUGUUAACGUAUCGACUAUAUGAAAACUUUAUACUGGCAUCGAGACAUCCGACCGAACAAGCCCGACUCAACGCUCUCUGGGAGGCCAUACAUUUAUUGCCCGAAGCAAAUUUCAACAAUCUGAGAUACCUCAUUAAGUUUUUGUCAGCUUUGACACAAAAUCAAAGCACCAACAAAAUGACGCCGUCUAAUUUGGCUAUCGUGAUCGCACCCAACCUGCUCUGGGCCGCUGACGAAAACACGUUCGACAUGAAUAUCACGACCGCCGUCAACUGCGGGGUGGAGUUGCUCAUCAAACACGCCGACUGGUUCUUCAAGGACGAUGUGAACUUCUUCGUGUCCUUCACCAAAGAAGACCUCCUCCCGGAUCACUUUGGCGCUGAGCAAUACGGCUUCACCACCAACUUCGUCCACGGAUACAACCAGACGGUCGCUUUGAAUCAGGAACAAAAUGGCGAUUACAACAGUAUGAGCAAGUCUUUGUUCGAUUACAAUCACCAGAACGUCGGCAGAAGCACGGUCGACGGCAUCGGGAGGCACUCGCGGAGUAACAGUCACGACACCAGUCUCAUACUACUGGAUAAUGAUAUGAAGAAAGCUCAAUCGAACAGUUCCCUGUCCGACCAAUCUAGUCCGCCCCACGGCAGUCCCAAGCCUAUAAUGAGACGGAAGAAUAAGCCGCUGGCCCCGGUACCGCCCAACUUCACACCGGAUAAAAAUAAGAAGGUCGAAACACAAACGCAGACCUCGGACGUAGCCAAGGAACAGAUUGCGCUCGUCAAGGAAGCGGAGAAGCCCGCCAAGCCGCCGCGACCGGUCGUGUCGGACACGGGGAAAAUUAUAACGGGAGUGCAGACCAUCAACAGGUCUACAUACAGACAGAGCAAAGCGAUGAAAGAGGAGGCAGCGAGGAGCGGCAGCAGGGAGAACCUCACAGACUCGAGGAGGCAGAGCUUCGAGUUCGAGAAGGACAAGUUCGCCGGUCUGAAGGGCACAGACAGGGACACGCUCGUCGUGAAGAACGUGACGGCUCAGACGGGCAUCGUGGCGCGGAUGAAGGUCAUCGGGGACGGACCGGCGUCACUCGGGGCGGACGUGAGGGCGGGGCGGGCCUCGCUGCAUAAGACGUGCGGGACACCGCCGCCGCGGCCGCAGCCCGCACCCCGCACCCUCCCGCCGGCGAUACUGGACCCCGAGCCCGACGUCACGCUGCGGCACAAGCCCGCGGUGCCGGAGAGACCGGCCGCGCUCAGACCUCAAAGUUUCCGCUCUCAACGCGCCUCCCUCACAGACGACCGCGAGCCACCGGCCGUUUUGGAGAGGACACAUCUGUACACCGUGGACAGACACCAGCCGGCCAUCAUCGUGGUAGGAGGAGAAGACGAGCGGGCCUCGUGCACCGUGCAGAGAACGCACAGCUCCGGGGGCAAGGACGAGCUUGAGGAACCGAAGGGACUAACCGGCGCCAGCAGGCAGCUGUCACAGUCCGAGGGGAACAUCACGGACGGCGCGGCGACGGCCCGGCCGCAGGGCUCCCAGCCCUCCCGCCCUCCACGGCCUCUGGUGCCGGCGCCUCCGCCGCCUGUGGCUGCAACCGCACAGAUCGCACAGGCUGCACAGCAAACACAGACAGCUCAGACGACACAGACAGCACCGCAGCACGAGAGCACCGACCUCUAGUCCCCUCCGUAGACUACGAUCAGAUUGAGACCGGAAGCUAGAGCAAGACUGAUGCCCUCUAUUUAAUGUUUAACACUAAAUUAUCAAAAUCGCUUACGAGGUAUAAGUACAUUAGUGUCGUACAUUGAUUUUGCAGAUUUAUUUAUUAUUUUUUAAAUGUAACUUUAAUAUAGCAAUUUUUUUAUAAUAGUAUCGACAAAUCGGAAUAAUCAUGACAGGCGGUGAGAACGUCACUGGUCCUUCGAUCGCUAUUCCAUACGGACAUAUCAAUCCGAGUCAAUUCAGCUUUGUACGCGUUCAUAUAUAUCGCGCUUCUUACAUAUAUAUAUAUAUAUUAUUUUUGUACAAUCUAGUGUUUAUGUUGCAUUAAAUCCUUGUGAUACUAGGGAGAUUCGCUACAUACGCCGAGCCGUGUGAACGGUCGCGGGUGCACAAACGUAUAACUAGUAGCCAUAUUUUUUAAUAUUUACUAUUUUACAGUGCAUUAGUUAUAUCGGCCACGCUGUUUAAGUGAAUAUUAUUAAUCUAGGCUAAUGUAUGUUAUGUAGUAUUUACGACGUUCUAUGUGAUAUGCAUUUUAUUAAAUAUACUGCAAGUAUACAAGCUUCUGUUGUAAGUAAUUAUAAAUAAAUACAUCAGAAAAUUA